AUGUCUAAUCUUGAUCAUCAAUCUCAAUCUCAAUCCCAGACCCCCUACCACUCCCUCAAAUACGACCUCCUCCCCCCCAACUACCCACACACCCCCCUCCUCCUCCCCCUUUUCGGCCCUUCCCACAAACCCUCAAGUCUCCUCCGCCACCAAAUCUCCACCCUCCAAAUCCAUCCCGUGAUUGAAUCCCUCUUGCACAUGCUCAACCACGACUUAUCGUCGGCCCAUUUCCUGUUGAGACACAUGCAAGGAACCCCCAAGACCUGUUCGGAGGCAAUGUACGUUCAUGGGAUUUUACAUCGUGUCGAGGGGGAUUUGGACAAUGCGAGGGCGUGGUAUGGUGAUGUCUGUGGCGAAGAAGUGUUUCGAGUUGUUUGGGAUGAUCCAAAGAUGACGGUGCCGAUAGAGGGAGAAGGAGAACAACAGCCAGAGGGAGAAGGAGAACAACAGCCAGAGGGAGAAGGAGAACAACAGCCAGAGGGACAACGGGGACAAUUUGCAAACAGAAAUGAAAAGAACGAGAGGCGGAAGGGGGCCGAGAACGUGAACGAGGGCCCCAAACGAGACGGGACAGAAGAACAGAAGAACGAUGGCCAUGACCAUCAUGACACCCAUAACCAAGAAGAGAAAGAAAAAGAAAACGAAACCCAAAUCAAGGAUCCCACCACCGACAUUGGCCAUGACGAUCCCCGCGAUAACCACCGCGACCACGACCUCGACCAUGUCAACAACAACUUGGACCACCACCACGAUCCUGAUUCUGAUCCUGAUCCUGGCCCUGCCAAUGGCUCUGAUCCCGAUAUUCCCCUCCAGAGAGCCAAAGCUAGAGCCAGAGCCAGAGCUUUCUCCUUUCUCAACCUGGUCGAGACACAUAAAUCUUCACUCCUCGGCAAAAGCCACAACAAAAGCAAGGUCAAUAACAAGGAAGGCGGGAAGAAGGAAAUUUCAAAAACACCACUAUCCCAAUUAGUGACCGAUAUCUCGAUACAGGAGAUCCUCCGCUUCCUCGACUUUUGUGAACGAAAAUUUGGAACAGAACCCCUGCUGGACGCUUCCCAUGUUUGGGUUUCCAUGGCCGACAAGCACAAAGACAAGGCGGCUGACAUGAUCACAGGCGGCGAGGGCUGGAGGGAGUUUUGAAAAAUAAAACCAUUCUCUUCACUGUUACGAGCCAAUGUGAAACGGGUAGAGCUAGGUACUCGUAUGUGACUUGAUAAGGCAAGAAAUCAUUACAGGUGCUACACGUAGACAGUUUUAAAAGAAAGAAUAUUCACGGACAAUUUCAAAAGCAAUUCAGGAGCAA